UAUCCAAGUAUUGCGAUUUAAUUCCAAUGGUUGCAUGUUUUGCGCAUUAAUAAUGGUUGGUUUUUAAUGGACGUGCUCUCGGUCAAACUCAUAUUCUGUGGGGCGUGUUGAACACUUCUGUCAACUUCCAUUGGCUCAGAGAGAGCCAAUCAAUAACAGAAGCUCGGACUCCUGUGUGGAGUUUCAUACUCGAUGAGGAACGCGAGAGAGAGUUCAACUCUUUAAACUCGACUGUGCAUGAGCAUUUCUGUCAGGAAGGUUUGGCUUCUCCUGCCGGGAUGUACACGACGGGACUCAACCCGUUUUACGCAUCGAACUUUAGCCUUUGGACCGCGUACUGUUCGGGUGGCUUUGGGGUGGAUAGCAUGAAAAAGCCCUCGUUCUGCAUUGCCGAUAUUCUGCACGUCGGAGAUGCGGAAAAUAUCCCCGGUUCAUCGUCGCUUAUGGCUCACAUUGGGGCGCGCGCGUCCGGGUCUCCCCUGCGCCCGUCCCCGGUCACUCCAGACGCGCGCGCGUAUCACCGGCACGGAAUACACUUGACAUCAGUGUCCAGAUCCCCCAUGCACGCGCAUUCCGCGCCCCCGCCGUCCAGCAAAGACCUCAAGUUCGGGAUCGAUCGGAUAUUAUCCACAGACUUCGAGCCGAAGGCGAAAGAUGCGCCAUCGUUGCGAGAUCUCACAUCGAUUGUUAGUCUGAAUCGGCAGUCAGCAGUCCAUGUGUCUGCCAGCCCGUACUUCGCGUCCAUAGACGAAACCUCCUCCAUGAUGGGUUCAAUAAGCAGACAAUCAGGGCAACAUCAGUUUCAGGACUCCUUCCCAGGGCCGUAUGCGGUGCUUUCCAAAGACACAAUGCCUCAGACCUACAAGAGGAAAAGAUCCUGGUCCAGAGCCGUGUUCUCCAACCUGCAGAGGAAAGGCCUGGAGAAGCGCUUCGAGAUCCAGAAGUACGUCACGAAACCGGACAGAAAACAACUGGCGGCGAUGCUGGGCCUCACCGACGCACAGGUAAAAGUUUGGUUCCAGAACCGGCGGAUGAAAUGGAGGCAUUCCAAAGAAGCGCAGGCGCAGAAGGACAAAGAGAAAGAACCGGAUAAAUCCACCGAGACCGAGCAGAAGGAGCGCGACGACUCCGAGUGCGAAAGCGAACCGAGCGAGUCCGAAUUCGAAGAUAAUACGGAGGACAAAAGCGACGUGGACAUUUCUGACCUCAACAAAGCCAGUGUGAUUAUUCCCGGAGCUCCGACUGUCAGCACGCAGGACACAACCAGCACACACUCCACGACAGAACCGAGUCCAGCCACACGAGUCCUGCCGGAACCGAGUCAUCUGAUGUGAACAGCUCAAACAAUCGAGUAGGCCUACUGCCGGAACCGAGUCAUCUGAUGUGAACAAACAAACGAGCCUGCCAGGACCGAGUCAUCUGAAGUGAACACCACAACAACACACAGCGUCUGACGGGACAGAGACAAAUACAGCUCACACACUCACACACACACACACACGCGCGCGCAGGCCUUAUCGGUUCAUCAUGUCUUCCAUCGUGAAACAGACCCUUCGUGAUCCCCGAGGAAGGAAAGCAUCGCUCUGCUUUAACCGAAUCGCUCGUCUUUUUUUAAUGACGAUUUGGGAAUCGAAUGUUCAUGAAUUGAGACUUGAUUGUAUUAUAUUUUGUCUGUAAGUAUUUGCACUGAAAAUGUAAAUAAACAUUUGUUACUAAUA